CGCCUCCCUCCCUAGGUCCUCUGGCCGCCGGGCCGGCGGGCAGCCACUGCCCAGGCUGGACGACCUCGCGCCGGCUGCCGGCGAAGGGCUGCGCAGGAGCCACCCGCGAGCCCCAGGACUGCCCCUCUCCGCGCGGGGGCGGUGCCGACCUGGCGCAUCCCGGGGAUCCCGCGCUCCGCUGCAGGGGCGGCGGCGGGAUGCGGUCGCGCGUGGGCCUCCUGCUGCACGCCCUGCCGCUGCUGCUGUGGGGCGGCCUGGACGCGGAGCCCGUGGGGCGCGUAGGCCGGGAGCUGCGCCAGGAGGCGGAGGCGUUCCUGGAGAAGUACGGAUACCUUGACGCACAAGUCCCCAAAGCUCCCAGCUCUACUCGACUCAGCAAUGCCAUCAGAGAGUUCCAGUGGGUGUCCCAGCUGCCGGUCAGUGGCAUGCUGGACCAUGCCACCCUGCGCCAGAUGACACGCCCCCGCUGUGGGGUCGCAGACACUGACAGUCACGCAGCCUGGACCGAGAGGAUCAGUACCCUGUUUUCUGGACGUGGAGCCAAAAUGAGCCGUAAGAAACGCUUUGCAAGGCAAGGCAACAGAUGGUACAAGCAGCACCUCUCCUACCGCCUGGUGAACUGGCCCGAGCACCUGCCUGAGUCUGCCGUGCGAGGGGCUGUGCGUGCCGCCUUCCAGCUGUGGAGCAACGUCUCGGCACUGGAGUUCUGGGAGGCCCCAGCCACAGGCCCUGCGGACAUCCGCCUCACCUUCUUCCAAGGGGACCACAACGAUGGGCUGGGCAAUGCCUUCGACGGCCCAGGGGGCGCUCUGGCGCACGCCUUCCUGCCCCGCCGCGGCGAAGCGCACUUCGACCGGGACGAGCGAUGGUCGCUGAGCCGCCGCCGCCGCGGGCGCAACCUGUUCGUGGUGCUGGCGCACGAGAUCGGCCACACGCUCGGCCUCACGCACUCGCCGGCGCCGCGCGCGCUCAUGGCGCCCUACUACAAGAGGCUGGGCCGCGACGCGCUGCUCAGCUGGGACGACGUGCUGGCCGUGCAGCGGCUGUAUGGCAAGCCCCUGGGGCGCUCAGUGGCCACCCAGCUCCCUGGGAAAGUGUUCACGGACUUUGAAGCCUGGGACCCCCACAGUUCCCAGCGCAGGCGCCCGGAAGCCCCGAGUCCAAUUUACUGCCACUCUUCCUUCGAUGCCAUCACUGUAGACGGGCAACAGCAGCUGUACGUUUUUAAAGGGAGCCACUUCUGGGAGGUGGCAGCAGACGGCAAUGUCUCAGAGCCCCGCCCACUCCGGGACAGGUGGGCCGGGCUGCCCCCCGACAUCGAGGCUGCUGCGGUGUCGCUGGAGGAUGGAGACUUCUAUUUCUUCAAAGGGAGUCGGUGCUGGAGAUUCCGGGGCCCCAGGCCGGUGUGGGGUUCCGCACAGCUGUGCCGGGCAGGGGGCCUGCCCCGCCACCCCGACGCGGCCCUCUUCUUCCCUCCUCUGCGCCGCCUUGUGCUCUUCAAGGGCGCCCGCUACUACGUGCUGGCCCCAGGGGGGCUGCAGAUGGAGCCCUACUACCCCCGCGGCCUGCAGGACUGGGGCGGGGUCCCCGAGGAGGUCAGCGGUGCCCUGCCGAGGCCCGACGGCUCCAUCAUCUUCUUCAGAGACGACCGCUACUGGAGCCUGGACCAGGCCAAACUGCGGGUCACCACCUCGGGCCGCUGGGCCACUGAGCUGCCCUGGAUGGGUUGCUGGCACGCCAACUCGGGGGGCACCCUGUUCUGAAGGCACCGCCCCCAUGAACUCUUGGUGCCCUCAGGGCCCAUUCAUUUUCCCUGCCCAGGGGCAGGACCUGUACGGGGAAAGCCCAGGUGGAGGUUUGCAUUUGUUCCCUGGAGAGUGGGCCACUGUCGUGUUCCCACCGCACAGCUCCAUCUGCGAGGCAGCAGCACCGAGGUCCAGCCGUGGAGGAUGGAAACGCGGCUGAGAGUUGGAGGCUGUUUUGCAAGACUGUCCCCUUCUCUCGGGGCCUCCUGGCUCUGUUCUUUGGAAACUGUGUGUCUCAUUUCGUCAGAGGCCUCACCUCCAGGGAGCCGGGAGGUCGAAGGACAAGGGUCUCCAACCUCAGAGGCCCCUGGGGCUGACGCAUGGGGCCCAGGAGUCACGGAGCCCGAGGGAGGCUGAUGCAGCCUCUGGCUUUUUGUCUGGGGCUGGAAUAAAGAGACGCCCCCAGCUGGUGGCCCUGCAGGCAGGAAA